AUGGGGACUUGGAUUUUGUUUGCCUGCCUCCUGGGAGCAGCCUUUGCUAUGCCUCUACCACCUCAUCCUGGGCACCCUGGUUAUAUCAACUUCAGCUAUGAGAAAUCACAUUCUAAGGCUAUCAAUACUGACAGGACUGCAUUAGUGAUUACCCCUUUCAAGUGGUACCAGAACAUGAUAAGGCAGCCGUAUCCUUCCUAUGGUUACGAACCCAUGGGUGGAUGGCUGCACCACCAAAUCAUCCCUGUGCUGUCUCAACAGCAUACCCCGAGUCACACCCUUCAGCCUCAUCACCACAUCCCAGUGGUGCCAGCUCAACAGCCCGUGGCCCCCCAGCAGCCAAUGAUGCCAGUUCCUGGCCACCACUCCAUGACUCCAAACCAACACCACCAGCCAAACCUCCCUCCACCUGCCCAGCAGCCCUUCCAGCAGCCCUUCCAGCCCCAGUCCAUUCAGCCACAGUCUCACCAGCCCAUCCAGCCUAUGCAGCCCAUGCAGCCCAUGCAGCCCAUGCAGCCCGUCCAGCCCCAACCACCUCUGCACUCCCUGCAUCCCCUGCCACCACAGCCACAUCUGCCUCCGAUGUUCCCCAUGCAGCUGCCCCCCCUUCUUCCUGAUUUGCCUCUGGAAGCUUGGCCAGCAACAGACAAGACCAAGCGGGAAGAAGUGGUGAGUAUACACUGA